AGUGUAUCCCGCACCGGAGCCUGUAAAAGGCGAGACAGACGGCAGAAAGAUGCGGACAGGGCUGUGUGGCGGAUCUUCUGGACGUGUUACAUCUGGAUGAUACAUUUAAUUCAUUUUUACCGCUGUCAUCCUCAGGAAUGAUUGUUUUUUACCGAAAUCACAGCGGGGACGUUUGGCGGGACUACAAUGAAGCGUCGAUCCUGUGCGUGAGAUAAUCUGGCUGUUUGUCUAUAAAGCUAAUAUUACACAUAAUUAGCUAUUGGCAACUGGAACAUAGCUUAUAUUUUUGGUCUAUGUUGUAACAUUUUAUGGUGGAUGUCGCAUUUUCCCUGCGAUAUGACAUAGAAAACAUGAAGAUCUUCUGAGUCAUUUUAAAACCAUCCACUUUUAAAAGGAAACGGGAAUAUUAUUGACCCAAGAUCGGAGGGUAUAGCUCUUCGUCCAUUUUAAUCAUCAGUAAGGAUUUUUGGAGACACAAACAAUCAUGUCUAAAAAUAAGAGCAGUGAAUGUGUGAAGGUGGUAGUACGAUGCCGGCCUUUGAACCGAAAAGAAGAGUCCAAUGGGCCUGCGGGGGGGAUUGUUCAAAUGGAUUUGAAGUUGGGGCAGGUCAUCCUCAGAAACCCCCGUGCGCCCCCCAGUGAACCCCUAAAAACAUUCACAUUUGACGCUGUUUACGACGCCAACUCCAAACAACGAGAUCUUUAUGACGAGAGCGUUAGGCCUUUAAUAGAUUCUGUUCUUGAUGGGUUUAAUGGCACAAUUUUUGCCUAUGGCCAAACCGGGACUGGUAAGACUUAUACCAUGCAAGGGGCAUGGAUGGACCCUGAAAAAAGAGGUGUGAUCCCAAAUGCUUUUGACCAUAUCUUCACCCACAUUUCACGCUCUCAAUCAGACAAGCAGUAUCUAGUGCGGGCAUCCUACUUGGAGAUCUACCUUGAGGAGAUCCGGGACCUUCUAGAUCCAAACCAUGCAAAUACAAGAUUGGAGCUAAGGGAAAGUCCUGAGACUGGAGUAUAUGUUCGAGAUCUUACGUCUUGUGUUUGCAAAAGCAUCAAGGAAAUAGAAGAAGUCAUGAAUAUGGGGAACCAAGCAAGGGCAGUCGGAGCAACAGACAUGAAUGAGCAUUCUUCGAGAUCCCAUGCGUUAUUUUUGAUCACAGUGGAGUGUAGCCAACCUGGGCCAGAUGGAAGAAAGCAUAUCCGGGUAGGACGCUUAAAUUUGGUGGAUUUAGCUGGAAGUGAACGACAAGCCAAGACAGGAGUGCAUGGAGAGCGCCUGAAAGAAGCAGCUAAGAUCAACUUAUCACUAUCUGCCCUAGGUAAUGUAAUUUCAGCUUUGGCCGAUGGUAGAAGUGGACAUGUACCAUACCGGGAUUCAAAAUUAACUAGACUCCUACAAGACUCUUUAGGUGGUAAUGCCAAAACGGUCAUGGUUGCUACCUUAGGUCCAGCUCCUCAACACUACGACGAAACACUGACCACUUUAAGGUACGCUAAUCGGGCCAAGAACAUCCAUAACCAACCUCGAGUCAAUGAAGAUCCCAAAGAUGCCCUUUUGAGAGAAUUUCAGAAGGAAAUUGCAAGGCUGAGGGCGCAGCUCAACCACAGGAAGUGGAGAAACAAACAGAAGAAAGAUGGAGAUGUUUGGGACAGGGAUGGUGAAGAGGAUACAGCGGGAGAGGAAGACUUUGAGGAGAAAGAUGCAGAGGAUUAUGUGACACUGGAGGAGCAGAGGCUGGAACUGGAGAAGGAAGCCAUCAGAGGAGAUCAAUUCCUAUUGGCCGAGGAGAAGCAGAGGCUCCUGGGAGAGAAGGAGAGGAUGAUGGGAGAUCUGAGGAAGGAGCAAGAGGCCACGGAGCAGCUCACAGCCAAAUACAAGGCAAUGGAGAGCAAGCUGCUGGUGGGAGGCAAAAACAUCAUCGACCACACCAACGAGCAGCAGAAGAUGUUGGAGAUGAGGAGACAUGAGAUUGCUGAGCAGACUCGCAGUGAGAGAGAGAUGCAGCAGCAGAUGUUGAUACAGGACGAGGAGACGCUGGAGCUCAGAGAAACAUUCACUUCAUUACAACAGGAAGUGGAGGCUAAGACCAAGAAACUCAAAAAGCUGUACGCCAAACUCCAGUGCAUCAAAACGGAGAUAAAAGAUGUGAACGACGAGCACGUGAGGAGCCGGCAGGAGCUGGAACAAACCCAGAAUGAACUCACAAGAGAGCUCAAGUUCAAAUAUUUGAUCAUAGAAAACUUCAUCCCCCCUGAGGAAAAGAACAAAAUUAUGAACAGACUGACCUUUGACCCAGAGGAAGACCAGUGGAAGUUUCAGCCUCUUGUUCAGUCGGAGAGUAAGUCGUCCCAGAUGAAGAAAAGGCCCUCCUCCGCAGUCGGAUACAAACGUCCUAUCACGCAGUUUGCCCGGGUUGCCAUGACAAUGGGUCUUCGUACUAGAUACAGGGCUGAGAACGUCAUGCUUCUGGAGCUGGACAUGAACCCUCUGAACAUCAACUCUCCAGAUCGCUAUUCCGAGUCCGACCCUUCCCAGAGCCCAUCUCAGGACAGCUCCCCUUCCAAGGACAGGGGCGUCUGCAAGUCCAACUCCUGGUGCCAGUCCCAGAAAUCUCUCAAGUCGUCUUCGUCUAAUGGUUCACUUGUGGCUUGUCAAACACCUGCUGUGGCACAAUGAAACUUGUUUUUUAUUAUUUAUAUCUAUUUAAUUUAUUUUAAGGACAACCUCUUGGACAUGUUGAACUUUAUACCAUGCUGCAGUGACGUUAGAAGAUUGAGGAAAACACCUACAUUUUCCCCGUUGAUUGAUUACAAAAACUGUUCCCCUCUCACCUGUGCAUGAAAUCACAGACUCCAGUAUGAGCCUGUGUAAAGUAACAUUUGAGUUUUGAGCAGGAUUUUGGACAGUUCAUUGAUAACUAUAUGUCUGUAUGUGCUGUAGGAAAAGUAGAAAAAUAAUUUAUUGUACAGUUGUUUGUGUGUUCGUCAAUGGUCAGAGGCGGCAGUUGAUUCAGCCAGAAUGACGACCUUUAUCAAAUGUUUCCAUGCACUGUUUCUGUCUCUCCACUGAAACUAAAGCCUUAUAAAUAAUAUUAAAAUGUGUGUGGCAUUAGGGACAUUGCUGAAGGAUUUUUUUGUCACAUCAUCAAGAAUAGUUUUAAAGGUGCUUUACUUGGGCACAACCAUGAUAUGCAAUGCUGUCAAUUCUGCCAAGUAGGUUUUUACCGACUGAAAAAACAUUAGACAAGACAUUUUAUUUAUUAGCUGCAUCUAACAUUUGCAUCUAAAAUCUUUCAGCAAUCCCUUACUAUUUGUACAAAGGUAAACGCUUCUGAAAUGUUAUAAAGUGAAAAAGUGUAUGCGAAAAAUGUAUUGAAAACUGAAUCUACCUGCUGUGUGUGGACCUCACUGUGUUUGUACAGCGCAGUGUCACAGGGUUUACUGAAGGUGCCUAGAGGUCAGAUGAAUCAGGCGGGGGGGCCAGGCUAAUUCAUCCCUUUAUUAUUGAUGCUGUAGAUCAGAUUACAACGAAAAUCCACACAGGACAAUGGUGUAACUGAGAAUCACACAUCUAAAAUUCACCAGUGUUGAAUAUUAUGUUUGGCAUUGUAAGAAAAAUUUAAGUUUAUCAGUGAGUGUUAAGUGUCGAUAACUGUUGUGGAUAUUGCUUAUUUCAGUAGUUCAAUUCAGACCGACAAAAUGUGCCCUAUGCUGUUUUUACAUGAAUUUGGAUCAUUAUUGAUUUUAACUUGUAUUAAAAUGUUCAUCUUUUUAAUUUGCAGAAAUGAUAAGGUUACAUUUUGUACCAUAUUUCAUUUUGUCCAUUCCAAAUCUAUUAAGUUUUUAUUGAACUGCUGAAAUAGCUUGAAAUGUGUUUUCUGAAAAAAAGUAAUGAAAUAAAUACUUAAGAACAUGGAGAUUCAAAUGUAGCUCUGUUUUGUUGCAGGGUUUACCCAUUUCUGCAUCAUUUCAAUUUUAUCAUGUGGCACAAUUGACCCAGUUUGUUCCAAGUUUAAAUAAAUGGCUGUAUUCGUGUAGUGGGGGUCGCACAUGCAUUUACAUGUGCUCAAUUAGAAUAUAACGAUUUUGAGAUUGUUAUGUAUAUUUAAAAGAAGGUGGUGAUGAUGUAAGUAAAUGCAUUGUAUCCUGUUCUGCACUUUGGCUUAGGAGCAAGUAAGUGAAUAAAACAAGAAGCAAACAAGAUGCUUUUUAAGAUGUUCAUUUAAGUUUUAUAUUGGAAUUCCUCAUUGCUGCAACAAAGUCAGUAUUAUUCCUGUUCAUUUAUACUACAAUAUAAAUCAAUAGUAAUCAGUGUUUGUAAAAUGCUUAUAACAAAUAGUAUAUUGUGAAACUAUUGGGUGAGA